CCUCAAAAUGAAACAAAACAAAACAAAAAAAGAGAAUCAAGCAUCAUAUGAUCUACUAAAACACUUAAUUUAUGCUAUAGGCCUGUCUACAAAUGUAACAGGUUAGGGUUUCUGAGAUAAGAAUAUUAUAUUAAUUGCAAAAUUGAAUGUUCUCUCUAAAAUGCGUCCCUGUUGAGUGUGUAUGUGGACAUGCAUUGAUCUAUGUAAGAGUGUGGUUGAGUGGGAGUGUCUGUGUAUGUAGAUUAAUCUGCAUAAGUCUACAUAAUCUACACACCACAAUUUAAAGAGCAUCUCCUUCUGCUCAGUGUGGAGAGAGAGAGAGUACACGUUUGGGAACAGUUGGUUUGUGGUUUGGAGAAAUGGUAAGUGCAAAACUUUUAAAAAAAAAUUUGUAUAACUUUCACUAGUAUGCCACAUAAUAUACAGUAUUCCAUCAGUUUUCAAUUAACUGUGUUUUUCUCACAGUACGGCUUUAUUAAUACUUGUCUGAAGUCACUGGUCAUUGAGAAGUUUGGAGAAGAAACAUGGGAGAAAUUGAGAUUAAUGGCCGGGGUCCAGGAGACAUUUAUGACCUAUGAAAUCUACGACGAUCUCAUCACUCUUCGUUUAGUGCAAGAGGCUUGUAAAAUGCUGGAUGUCUCCUCCGAGGUGGUUUUGAAACUGUUUGGAGAAUACUUUUUCAGCUUUUGUAAGAUGUCGGGAUAUGACACUAUGUUGCGAACUCUCGGUGGAAACCUGGUGGAAUUCAUUGAAAAUCUUGAUGCUCUACACUGUUAUUUGGCCUUAUCUUAUGAGGCCAUGAAUGCUCCGUCCUUUCGCGUGGAGCGAAUGGAUGAUGGCCGAAUUCUCCUUCACUAUUACUCAGACAGGAAAGGACUUUAUCAUAUUGUGCCAGGUAUUAUCGAGGCUGUUGCGAAGGAUUUCUUUGACAGUGAGGUUACGAUGACCAUUCUGAACCAGUCAGAAGAAGAUGAGCGCACUGGAAAGAAGGAACAUGUGGUUUUUCACAUGGUACAGAAGGAAAAAAUGGCCAAAAGAAAGGCUCAGAAAGGUAGUGAAGAGGAAAAACAAGCAGAAAAAGAGGAAAAGGAGGAGACAAUGAAAAGGAUGAAGGCCAGGUAUGCCAACUUGCAGCUGUGUCCAAGGAAACGAUCUCCAUGGGAGAUCGUGAGGAGCAUUGUCAUGUUGGGCCAAGGCAAUCUGCGGCAAUCAUUCACGCCUAGCUACCCAAAAAGACUGUGGAUUGAAGAACAAGCCUUCUGUAAUGCUUUUCCCUUUCACAUUGUUUUUGAUGAAAACCUGUUGGUGAAGCACACAGGUGUCAACAUUCAGAAGUUUGUUCCCGGACUGCAGACCGCAGGUAUUCGUUUGGAUGAGUACUUCACCAUUGUUCACCCAGAGGUCAUCUUCAAUAUUCAGAGCAUCAAAAAGUUCAUCAACAGCCAGUUUGUGCUGAAGACCAGGAGGGAAAUGUUACCAGAGAUCCAGCAAAACCAGGCCACGCUCAAACUGCGAGGUCAGAUGAUGUGGAUGGAGUCAUUGAACUGCAUGAUCUAUCUAUGCUCUCCUAAGCUACGAAGCCUCCAAGAACUGGAGGAAAGGGGUCUUCACCUGGCCGACAUCGCCCAGCACGACACCACACGAGAUCUGAUCCUGCUCAACCAGCAGAGGCUGGCAGAGAUCGAGCUCUCAAAUCAGCUAGAAAGGAAGAAGGAGGAGUUAAGAAUCCUCUCACGCAACUUAGAGAUCGAGAAGCAAAAAUCAGAAAAGCUCCUUUAUGCCAUGCUGCCGACACACGUUGCCAACCAGCUUAAAGAGGGCAAACGAGUAGAGGCAGGUGAGUUCAAAGUGUGCACCAUCCUAUUCAGUGAUGUGGUCACCUUCACUAACAUCUGUGCAGCCUGCGAACCCAUUCAGAUAGUCAACAUGCUCAACGCCAUGUAUUCCAGAUUUGAUCGUCUUACAAACAUUCAUAAUGUCUAUAAGGUAGAAACGAUAGGUGAUGCUUACAUGGUGGUUGGCGGUGUGCCUGUUCCUACAGAAACACAUGCGGAGCGGGUGGCAAACUUUGCCCUCGGUAUGAGAAUUGCUGCAAGAGAGGUGACUAGCCCUAUCACAGGACAGCCCAUACAGAUCCGAGUUGGCCUGCACACCGGUUCAGUUUUGGCUGGUGUUGUAGGUGAUAAGAUGCCACGGUACUGCUUGUUUGGAGACACGGUCAAUACAGCCUCUCGAAUGGAGAGCCACGGAGUCCCUGAUCACAUACACAUGAGCCCCUUCACGUACAGUGUGUUAAAGGACAAAGGAAUCUUUGAUAUCACUGAGAGGGGUGAGAUUGAGGUGAAAGGCAAAGGUCUGAUGAGAACAUACUUCCUGCUGAAGAAUCUCCAAAAGAGUGAUGAACAGAUCAUGGGCUUUGUCGACGGAGAGACGUGCGUGUACCAGGAAGACACCAAGGAUGUGACAGAUGACCCGAAGGAGGAAAGCCCUGAAGAUGCAAAUUGCGUACAGAAAGAGGACAAGAAAAUGGAGGAAGAGGUUGAGAACGAAAAAAGUCAUGCAUCAUCAUAUCUCCAAUCAGGCAAAAUCUCCCCUGCUCAUUUAAUUCAGUUCGAUGUCACACCAGCGUACGACAGCCCAACUGACUUUAAACAUCUACACAAUGGUCUUCAUUCACACAGCAUUAGUACUAAAUUCUGCUCAAUACUUUAGUCCAACAUCACCAAGUUUUGAGAAGAUUGAAUUUCAAGCCUGUCGUUAAGAGGGCCAGUACCACAAAUGAACAGCCGUAACCUAAAACCGGCAAUACCACAUGCUCUGUUCAGUGUAUAAUGACUGUUUUUCCCAACUCUUCCAAGACACAGCAGGGGAUUUCAGCUUUGUGGAUACAGAGUUAUCACCUGGGAAAGGCAAGUCUCCAAGCUAAUUCCCAGUGUUUCUCAUGCAGCCCGGCUUCAUUUGCACCUGCUGGUUACCCACUGGUGAUGGCCAGCAGUAGAACCACCCCACAGAGAAAGCUAAUCUCCCUCUGGAGAAAUUAAUCACUUAUUAUGGACUGUUUUCAUGUGGAAAUCAGAUGGCAAACACAGAUGACCAGAGGUAGAUAAACAUACGGCUGCUGUACAGAGAUCAAAUGUUCAUUUGUGGUCAUCUGCGGUCUGCUAGGUAACAUGGGAACUAAUUAUUAAAUGUGAUUCAACACCAUGCAAUCUUUUUUUUUCUUCUCUCAAAUAAAAACAUGACUGCACGAAAUAUGUUUCUUAUGUAUUAUUAAUUCUCUUUGCCUCUGUGUUUGAGUAAAACAUGAUUACAGAUAAUAUUUAAAAAAAAAAAAAAAUCAUACUUAUGAAACCCACUUUACAAUAAGGUACCAUUUGUUAACAUCAAUUAACAUGAACUAACAGUGAAAAAAAUGCAUUUAUUAAUCUUAGUUUGUUAAUUUAAACAUUUACUAAUACAAUAUUGAAAUCAAAAGUUGUAUACGUUAAUAUUAUUUAAUGGACCUAAGCUAACAUGAACUAACAAUGAACAGUUGUAAUUUUAUGAACUAAAAUCAACUAAGAGUAAUAAAUACUGUAACAAAUGUAUUGCUCAUUGUUAAUGUUAGUAAAUGCUUUAUCUAACAUUAACUAAUGGGACCUUAUUGUAAAGUGUUACCAAACCAACAUAUUUUUGGAGUUAAAAGAAAUAAUCUUGCUAAUAAAGCUUUUUAAUCAUUAUUACCAAACAUUACAUUAAUUAAUAGAUCAAAUUCCUCCAAGCAAAGAAUUAAGGCAAAAACUUUUUCUUUUUUUUUUCUUUUUUUGGGGGGGGGGGGGGGGGGGGGGGGGGGU